AUGUUGCGCAACCGUUACAAAAACCUUCCCACCUCACUUCACCCCGUCUCACCCCAAAAGUUUCUCCAGGUGCGCGUGCAGUGUGAGCCAGCAGGCAAGCUGGUGCGCGUGCAGUGUGAGCCGGCAGGCAAGCUGGUCAUUGCAGGGGAGCCAGAGCAACCGGACAACCCGUGGGGAGUCACACCCUUCAAGAAGGUGAUUCUGCUCCCUGCAGCCAUCAAUGCAAAUCAGACGUCAGCAGUGGUAACCCUACACGGCCAGCUCUAUGUGCGAGCCCCCCUCGCCAACCCCGCCCCCUCCGCCCUCUCCCCCCAGCUGACCCCCAUCCCCGCCCCUGAGCUUCCCCCUCCGCCCCUGCCACCGAUGGGGGGAGGGCAGGGGCAGGGGGGACAGGGGCAGGGGCAGGGGAAUCAGGGGAAUCAAGGGCAGAUGGGGCAAGGGCAGGGGCAGCAAGGGGUGGCGGCGCAAGGCAUGGCACAUACACAUGGGCAUGGGUAUGGGCAUGAGAUGGGGCAUGGGCAUGGGUAUGGGCAUGUGAAGCAGCAGCCUUUUAUUCAAGAGACGAACAGACAGCAGAUACCCAAGGAAGAAGGUGUGGAGACCUCGCCCCUGCAACAGCAGCAGCAUCAUCAGCAGCAGCAGGGUGGGAUUGAGGCAAGGGCAGGGCCGCAGCAGGGACUGGCAGCAGGUCAUGCAGCAUUAAUGCAGCAGCACGCGAACCCACUGCCCCGGCAGCAGCAGGCACAGCCUCAGGUGCCAUUUCAGGUGCAAUCUCAGGUGCAGCUAGCUCAGCAGCAGAUGCAACCGACUAGAACAAAGGAAGGAUCAGCGGAUGUGGAUAUGGUGGGUGGUGCUGACAGGGGUGAGGGGUUGAGAGAUGGUAAGGAUGGGAAUGUGAGUGUGAAUAAGCCGAAUUACACCACCGAGUCUCAAAAUGGGAUGCCGCAACUGCUGCAGCAACCACAGCAGGGGAAGCAGGUGGAGCGGGAGACGGGCACUAAUGAUAUGAAGAUUGGCAUGGCGGUUACCGCUGCUUCGUAA